AUGUGGACAACAAUGAAAACAUAUUACAUACAAGAAGAAGAAGAUAUUGGUGAAAUAUUAUUGAAAAAAGUGAAUGAAUUUAACAACGUUUUUGAGUUGAAUAAGAAAAAUAUUCUGAAAUCUAACAAGAAAACUAUACCUGGUAUGGAUUUAAUUUUGCUCAAUGCGAACCUAACUUCAUUAAAAAUUAAAAAAAAUAACUCUUCAAAAUCCCUAUUAAGAAAAAACAGUAAAAUGUAUUAUAUAAGUUGUAUAAACAUCAAAAACAAAAAGGGUGAAUGUUUCAGUUCGUUAAUAGAUAAUUUAUCUGAAAAUGAUAGAAUAGUUAUAAUUAACGGAGUUGUACUCAAACAGUUUAUUAUGUGCAAUUCUAACAAAUUAACUGUUUUAGUUCGAUCACAAGACAACUCUUCAGUUAUCUUAUUUAAAAGUAAAAGUCAUGUCAUCAUCAAAUUGUUAGAAAAACCAACUUCAGCAUCUAGAAAUAAUCUUUCCUCAUUAACUGGUUCUGGUGUUUAUUCGAUAUAUGGAUUUGUAAAAAAAAUCACAAGAUAUUAUGAUGAAGAGUUAAUAUCAAUAAGAUUGCAAAGUUAUGAUAAAUCAAGCAUAAAAACUCUCAAAUAUUUUCAUUUUAAUAGUGGAUAUCAAAAUAUUAUAAAUAAUAAAACAGCAUCUGGUUUGAAACAUGAUUUUCUUUCAAACAAAGUUGAUAUUUUAGUUAAAACCCCAACUAAAGAUUUUACGUCGUUGUCACUUAAUCAACGAAUAUGUUUGAGCAAUGUAACAGUGGAAAAUAUAAACGAUUCAGACAUAUUUUUAUUGCAUAUGGACGGAAAUGGUCAUAAUAUAAUAGCUCUUUCAAUGGAAUCUAUUAAAACUGUAAGACCUUUACAACCUGAAAUUCAGCCUAAAUUCAAAAAAUUAUCUGAUGAUGUCCAAUUGGUUUUGAAUGAUAAUUUUCGGGAGUUAACUACAAAUAUUACUGCAUUGGAGAAACCUAUUAAUGUUCAACAAAGUAAACAAAAAAAAAUAAAAUGCAUGAAUUUAUCUGAUGAUGAUGAUGACAUUGUUAAUUUAUCACCGUGUCGAGACUUUUCAACAUCUACACAGAUUAUUAAAAAGGACAAUGAUGUUCAUAACAAUGCACGUAAAUUUGGCAAAAAUAAAGUUAAUGCUAUUGAUGAUAAUUCAUUACCUAUUAAACAUUUAAGAUCAGAUGACAAAGUCCAAAAAUAUAAUGACAACUCAUCACUUCCUCCAUCAAAUAAAGAUACCUCUUUGCCUAAAAGUAAAAUAUGUUCUCAAAGAGAUAUUUCACCAAGCACAUCUUAUGAUGGAUCAUGUUCACCUAGUUUCUUUAUGAGUCAACCAGAAUCAUUAAUAUCGAACCGAGAUGACAAUGUCCAAAAAUAUAAUAACAAGUCAUCACUUACUCCAUCAAAUAAAGAUGCCUCUUUGCAUAAACGUAAAAUAUGUUCUCAAAGAGAUAUUUCACCAAGCUCAUCUUCUAAUGGAUCAUGUUCGCCUAGUUUCUUUAUGAGUCAACCAGAAUCGUUAAUAUUGAACCGAGAUGACAAGGUCCAAAAACAUAAUAACAAGUCAUCACUUACUCCAUCAAAUAAAGAUGCCUCUUUGCAUAAACGUAAAAUAUGUUUUCAAAGAGAUAUUUCACCAAGCUCAUCUUCUGAUAGCUCAUGUUCAUCUAAUUUCAUGAACAGUCAACCAGAAUCAUUAAUAUUAAACCAUAAUAGUUUUAAAUCUAAUAUUGUAAGCCAACCUACCCAGUGUAUAGGUCCUUGUAGACUUAUUCAUACUGUACCAAACAUAUUUGAUAGUAGUGAAAUUGUAAGUGGAUUCUGCACGACAUGCAACGCAUUUGUUCAAAAACGUUACCUCAAAUUGACACCUCAAUCUUCAAAUAUGGUGUACAAGUGUCCUAAAUGUUCUACCAUUGUACAUCUUACAUUUUUUUUCAUUAUGAAUUUUAUUUACGGAAAAAAUGAAUCGCAAGCUAUAGAAGUAUGCUGUUAUGAUAAAAAGGCUGAAAGUGUUGUCAGGAAAAUUUCGAAGAUGAAAAUAACACUUGAUGAUUAUUUAUCAAACCAAAAUAUUGAACAACUAGUUAUAAGUUCCAUGAAAUCACUUAUAAAUAAUAGAACAAAAGUAAACAUAAUUGUUUGUCUUUCACCAGAGGAUAACAAAAACAUACUUCUAGGAAUAGAUACAAAAUAUGUUGUUACAACACAAUAA